GCCUCACGCGUGGCGAUCGCGAAGGCGGCUCGAUCGCCAGGCUGUUUGAUCGGGGUUUUGGCGAUUCUUUCCUCUCAUGGCGCAGCCGUCUCUCACCCCCAAUGCGAUUGUGGCGCUCCUGGGAGGGGACUUGGAGCUCCGGCCCAUCGUCCAGGUACUGGACGUGAAGCAGAUUGGGUCGAAUCAGAACGUCCAAGAGCGCUAUCGCUUGGUGCUGUCGGAUGGGACCGCUGUGCAGCAGGCCAUGCUCGCCACGCAGCUCAACGAGGUCGUCAAGAAUGGAACCUUGAUGAAGAGCAGCAUCGUGAAGCUUCAAGAGUACAUUUGCAACACCGUGAAAGAUAGAAAGAUAGUGAUUGUCCUCAACUUGGAUGUUCUUGUUUCAAAUGCAGAGAUGAGCGAUCAACCUCCUGGAGCGGUAGUUGAUCCUCCUGGUCCUAGUGGGAACCAAACAGCGUCCGCUGUCAGCUCCUACGGUGGAAGACCAGCAGAGGUGAGCUCCUUCGGUGGAAGGCCAACGGAAGUGAGCUCUUUCGGGGGAAGACAGGCAGAGGCUACCUCUUUCGGUGGAAGGCCUACAGAGACAAACUCUCUAGGUGGAAGAGCAGCAGAGGGGAGCUCUAUCGGUGGAAGAACACCAGAGCCGGGUUCUUUUGGAGGACAAGCAACUCCCGCUGUGAGUCCUUAUGGAAGGCCAGCAGAGCCGGGUUCUUUUGGAGGACAAGCAACUCCCGCUGUGAGUCCUUAUGGAAGGCCAGCAGAGGCUAGAAGAGAAACAGUUGCGUACGGUGGAAGACCGGCAGAGUCUAUCGGGUCUUAUGCUCCGAAUCCUCCAUAUGGACCGCCGCCAACUUACACGAAUAGAGGGCCUAUUGCAAGGAACGAGGGGCCGCCUGGACUCGUUCCUAUAGCAGCUUUGAACCCGUAUCACGGCCGCUGGACGAUCAAAGCGAGGAUCACUUCUAAGAGCGACCUCCGUCGCUUCAACAACGCCCGAGGUGAUGGCAGGGUGUUUAGCUUCGAUCUUCUGGAUGCCGAGGGUGGUGAGAUCAGAGUUACUUGCUUCAACAACGUUGCGGACGAGUUUUACGAGCGUGCUCAGGUCGGUCGGUUGUAUAUGGUCUCCAAAGGAUCCCUCCGAGCGGCACAGAAGCAGUUCAAUCACUUGAAGAACGACUGGGAGAUUAUGUUCGAGAAGGACUCAGUGCUCGACCCGUGUCCUGAGGACUCGUCAGUUCCGCAGCAAGUGUUUGACUUCAAGCAGGUCAGUGAGAUCGAGAAUCUGCCGAACAAUGCCAUGGUUGACGCCAUUGGAGUGGUGGUCGGGGUCAACCAAACAACGACUAUAAUGAGAAAAAACGGUACAGAGACACAACGGAGGACGCUGCAGCUUAGAGACAGGUCUGGCAAGAGCGUCGAGAUCACAAUGUGGGGCAACUUUUGUACUCAAGAAGGACAGCACCUCCAGGAGCUAUGUGAUUCAGGCCAAAGUCCCAUACUGGCAAUCAAAGCAGGUCGAGUAAGCGAUUUCAGCGGAAAGAGCCUGGGGACUAUUUCCUCGACGCGGUUCCAAAUCAAUCCCGAUCAUCCAGAAGCACGUUCCCUGCAGUUGUGGUUUGAACGCGAGGGUAGGCACGCACAGGCGCAGUCUAUUUCCAGGGAAGGAGCGGGCGGUGGUGGUCGGACGGAGAACCGGAAGACUGUGUCGCAGAUUAAAGACGAGGGACUUGGCAGAUCGGAGAAGCCAGACUUCGUCACUAUAAGAGCGACCAUCCACUUUAUAAAGACGGACAGCUUCUGCUACACAGCAUGCCCGCUGCAAAUUGGAGACAGGCAGUGCAGCAAAAAGGUGACGAACAAUGGAGACGGAACUUGGCGGUGUGAGCGGUGUGACCGAACCGUCCCCGAGUGCGACUACAGAUAUAUGCUCUCCAUUCAAGUGAUGGAUCACACGGGCGCUACCUGGCUCACUGGCUUCCAGGAGGCCGCGGAAGAACUCUUGGGCGUGAAAGCCAAGGACCUCUUUAUGUGGAAACAGGAGGACAACGGCCGGUUCCUUGACCACAUUGCCAGCAUCCAGUUCACCCAGCACCAUUUCAAGGUCAGGAUCAAGGAAGAAAGUUUCAACGACGAGCAGCGGGUCAAAGUAAAUAUCCAGCGAGCCGAGAAGUUGGAUUUCGUCGCGGAGAGCAAGUACAUGAUUGACGCGAUCGGGAAGCUCAGGAGAGGCGAGCCUAUCAACAACACGGCGAGCUUCUCGGCGCAAACGAUGAGCGGUAUGUCUGGAGCGGACGCUGGGUACCGCGCUACCACUGGAGGCGGAGGAUAUGGCGGGAGUGCAAGUGGAUACGCUGGUGGAGGUGGCUACGGCGGAAAUGCUGGCGGUGGUGGAAGUAGCGGAGGAGGAUACAGUGGCUACGUCGGCAACUCUGGCGGUGGUAGAAGUGGCUUUGGUGCCAACUCUGGUAGUGGCUAUGGUGGCGGUGGCGGAUUCAGUGCCAACACUGGCGGUGGUACCACCAGUGGUGGCUAUGGUGGCGGAUUCAGUGGCAACAGCGGCGGUGGUAACACAGGAGGUGGCGGAUUCAGUGGAAACGCCGGUGGUUUCGGGGGCAACAACUCAGGUGGCUAUACCGGCGGAUACGGUGGGGGAUAUGGUAGCGGCGGCGGCGGUGGUGGUGGUGGAUAUGGUAGCGGUGGUGGUGGCGGUGGUGGAUAUGGUAGCGGUGGUGGUGGCGGUGGUGGAUAUGGUAGCGGUGGUGGUGGUGGAUAUGGCAGUGGUGGCGGUCGUGGCAAUACAGGAUCUUACGGCGGUGGUGGAGGCGGUGCCUCGGGAAAUAGUUGUUUCAAGUGUGGCCAAGGCGGUCACUGGGCCAGAGAUUGUCCAAACCAAGCCUCGGGAUCUGGACGAGGGAAUUAUGGAGCCGCGGCCUACUAGCAGGAAACCAAUUUUUCUAUCAACGCGGACUUAGAAACAAAUGGAAUGCAUCGUCUCGUCGUCCUAGCCUGUGUCUCGGCAAGCAACAAAGAGAGGAUGGCUUUGAGAAGAAAUAAAUCUUUGCUCCGUAUGAACGCAUUGGUUUCCAAUCCAUCCACGGCAAGCAAGCACACAACUAUUGGCUUUCUUUGUUCUUCCCAUUUUUUGUCUCGAAAGAACUAUGACUGGUUGGCUUAAUAGCUUGUGCGCGCUCUUUAACGGCGAGUUUGUCCCGGCGUAUAUAAACUACGCUGCUUGGAUUUUCUGGAUUUGGUGUGCCGCCUUCCACAUGAUAGCAUGUUCAUCCAAGUUUGUCGCAGCGCUGGUCGCUCCAGUUUU